CGCCAGCACAAACGCGACUCUUCCCCAGCUUCCCCAAACUGCUCCCCGUACCCGCCGUCAUCAAACCUUCCCCAUGCGCUCUCUCCCUUUCUCGCUCCUUUGCUGAUUUCUUUUCUCUCUUCCGGUCUUCAAUUCUUUCUUCGUAAUUCUGCCCACUUCGCUCUGGCAGUCUGUCCAUCAGAGGAUGCUGGACACGUACCAGCAAAAGGCGUCGCUUGCCUUAUCAGCGCCACCGAGAUGGCUCUCGGCAUAUAGCGACUUCAUCAUCAAGAAUGCGAGCGCGGUCAGCCAGAUCGAGAGUGCGCUCAGGAGUCUCACGUAUAUUAUACCCGGUCGAUUCAGGGACGCGGAGAUAGCAAGUGAAACUGUGCACUCCUCGGUGCAAUUGCUAUCACUGUAUCAUGAUUCCCUUCUCGCCCAAGCCCUGGCCAGAUUACCCGGUCCCAAGCCGCAUCCGUCGCCGCACAACAGAUACACUCGAUUUUGGACGCAGAAAUCGCCGACGUACAAGCGAUUAGCCUUGUUGAUUCAAAUGAUCCAAUAUACCCAACUGCUGUGGGAAAUGGUCGCCAAGCGACGAAGCGAUAGAGCCCGGUGGCGCGUAGUCGUUGGCCUCGAAAUGGUCAAGGCAAUAUGUCGUCUUCUCCUUCUUCGGCUGACGAAUUCACGGCCGCUACUCAGUCCACCGCUUCCAGAACGAGAGGUAGAUCCGUCAAAGCUUGAGGAGAAAGCUAGCGAGACGGCAUCCUCUAUCUUCGACGACAGCGGCACUGCUUUGCCUGGCGAAGCUGCUGGCACUUCUAGCGACUCUGACACUUCCUGGACCAUGCCUCGCACUGGUCUUUCUCUUCCUUCCCUCCCCGAUUCAUCGGAUAUCUCCUCGUAUCUUCUCUCUAAAGUCAUGACCGCGGAUGAUGUCAAACCUCCAAAGGCACUUCUCCAUCGGGUUCGCGGUAUGGGUGAGCUUGCCGAGGUAAUGUAUAUCAUUCGGCCGGUCAUCUAUGCGCUAGCCAUGCAACAUUGGAGCAAAGACAAGAAUAGUUGGAGGCCAUGGUUGUUGGGAGUGAGCAUCGAGUACGGCGCAAGACAGCUCGCGAAGAGGGAUUUUCAGGAGCGGGUGGCCGGAGGUCUGAGGGGCCUGACUGGCCUGGAAAGAGCUGAGCUCAAAAAGAGAGGCUGGGCAUUGACUUGGUGGAUAAUGAGGGGAGCAUUCUAUGAGAGCUUCACGAAGACUUGGAUUCACUCCGUAACAAGCAAACUCAAGAACAAACCUCUGCUAGACCUGGUUGCUGGUGUCAUCGAAGACUACGAGUUCCUAUGGAACGAAUACUAUUUCUCCACUGCGACUCUUUGAGAUAGUCGCUGCAGGCUAAGUCAAAGCAUUGCUUGUGGAUGGAGCAAAAGCACGUUAAAGCUUUACCAUCUGUUAUCUCUAUAAUCUUUGUGACGGACAAGACCUUGUUGGAAUUGUAAAAUAAAUACCGUUGAUGGCGCUCGCUUUGCAUACGCUGAGCUGUCGUAUACACGAAGGGAAAUCUUGUUAGGCUCUAGUGUUCUAAUAGAUGAUGAAGAUAUGAAGUUCUGGAAUCCUGAAUAUGAGUCUAUCGAAGUGUCCGUGCUCCUGAGGUCAAAAAAGCUAACACA